CACUAAGGGUGGAGCAACAGAAUAUAUAAAGACGAGCAGAUUUUAUUUCUUACACAGUCGUAGACAAAUUGCUUGACUAUUAGUCACAAAUUUAAUAAGUUUAUUUCUAUUUUUUAAUAAUCAUAUCAAUAUGAAGACUCAAAUUAUUUGCUUGUGCGUUUUGGGAGUUAUUGCUUUAGUAUCAUGCGCUCAACAUGUACCAUUCUCUAAACUACAGGAAAUUACUCCCGAACAAAUUACGCUGGUGGAAAGUCAGAUGCCAUGUGUCCUCCAAACGCCUGGAGCAUCCUGCUCUAAAAUUGGAUUGAGGGCCAAAGAUGUGUUACCAGAAUUUCUUAAAACGAAAAAAUGCUCGACAUGUACUCCUGAAGAGAAGGAGAAAAUCGAUCAAAUUUUCACGAUCCUGCACACUACGGAACUCAAAAAAUAUUUAAUCCCACUUCAAAACCUUUACGGUAAUAAUCAGACUUACGAUCACAAUUCCAACUGAAUUCAUCAAGAAAAAUAACUUUGCAAGAGAAGAUGCAAAUCAUUCAGGAAUUUUUUUAUCAGAAAUAUUGUUUGAUUAGAGUAAUACAGUAAAUAUUCCAUAGAAAAGUUUUCAAUUUUAUUAAUUAAAUUGUAUUGUAUUGACAUUUUCAUCUCG